GACUCUGAGGCUGCUGCUCACAUUACAUCACUGCAACUUCAGCGGCAGCUCCAAGAAGUAAAUAUUAAAGGCUGGCUGUGCUCACCCGGUCGUCCCCUCUCCUGAGUCCUGGCAUUCUUGUGCCCCUGGGACACAACUGCGCUGCGCCGAACAGGUCACUCCCUCUCCUGUGGCCUGUGUUAUUCCCGUAGUGAGCAGGUCACGUCCAAUCCCGGGGUUGCUGGCGUCCCUGGGCCACGGAGGAGCUGCAGGACGGAGCUUUCGGGGUUCCUGGCCUACUGGAUGAGGGGAAGCUAUAGAUGUGAUAGAUCUUGAUUCUGGCAUCUCCAGUCAGUUUUUAAACAGCAGAGAGAACCUAACAGCCUUGAAGACUUCUGCAGCCUUACACACAGCAGUAACCAUGCUACAGAGAUGAAAUGAUAGUGAGUCUUGCCAGCGUACCCCAUGGGUCCCACACAGCUUGCUGCACAGGAUCAUGGGAAAAGAGUGGCAAGUGUAUUUGAAAUGGAGGAGGAAGGUUUUUCACUCUUCCAUGGCUCGGAGAUCCCCCCCGAGCAUGCAGGUAAGGCAGUCCUUGUGACAUCCACACACUGUGAAGGCGGUGUGCUCACUGAAUCACAUACAUAAUGCCUGCUUAGCAAAAUCCUAGGGUUUGAUCCAUUACAUGCAGGGCACUUGAUGGGAUAAGGAAAUAGAAGAAGAGUUGUCAGUUGGUGGGGGGAAGGAUGGGGUUCUCCAGGAUGUAAAUGGUGACAACAGAUGUGCUGUAAUGUACUGGCUUUGUGUGUAUAUGUGCAUGUGAUGUUGUCCUCUGUCUAGUGGCUGAGCCCACAGGGAAUAAAAAAGAUGGACUUCUGUCAGUCAUGGGAGAUCUUGGGAUUUAGGAGUGGAUGCAAGUGUUCUUGCAUGGGGAGGUAUAUGCAGGAGGUAGAAGAAGAGAACACUUCAGGAAUCCAAGGAUUAGUUGAAUUAGUGCCAUGUGGCCCCCACUUCCUCAAUAUUUGCCCUCUUGGCUGGUUCUCCAAGGCUUCCCUUCAUGGGUGUUGUCUGCUUUAGUCUGCGUUUUCUGUAACACCCUCAUUUCAGCCCCUCUUUUCCUGUGACUCUUGGGCUGCUGAGCCAUAUUUCAAUAUCCUCUCCAUGGGGUUUGAGUGCCAUUGAGGUAAUGCAGUGCUGAAGUCUUGCUCUGCAAACACCUUUAUAUAGCGUUGCCCAUUGUUGCCUCGGGGGGCGGGGGAGAGGGUGCUGAGUGGAAGUGAGAGCACCGGAGACAAAUUUUUAAAAAAUAGAUUUUCUGUGCAGUCUGGGAUUUGGCUUUAGAUUUGGACUUCUCCUCUUUGCAGCUCUUUCAUAUGCCACUGAAGGUCACUCCCACCUUGUCAGACUUACAGAGAGGUGAAAGUGAAAAAGGGUAUCUAGUUUGAACACAUCUAACUCUUGGGGCUGGAAGCAGCAGGGGCUGCCUCUCCCCAUUCCCAUCCCCCAAAAGUCUGAAAUUUGGGAUAAAAAUGGGAGCAGUGUUGUGCUCAGGUUUGGGCAGCAGUUGACAUUUCUAGUAGCUCUAGGUAAGAGAAGGAGUUCUCAUCCAGAUGGAUAGUGGGAGAGAUCUGGGCUGAAACUGACUCUAAUCCCCAGGAUGUACCUGUGCUGCCAUGGGUGGGAGUGGAUUUGCGCUAGGGCACUGGCUUUUCUAGGGAACUGGAUGUCUUGGCCUAUUCACAGCCUCCACUUAUCUUAUCCUUCCUCUUUUUCCAUCUCUGUAGAACAUCUACCCCUGAAGCGGAAGAAGGGUCCAGCCCCCAAGAUGCUGGGGAAUGAAGUGUGCAGUGUAUGUGGGGACAAGGCCUCAGGCUUCCACUACAAUGUGCUGAGUUGCGAGGGCUGUAAGGGCUUCUUCCGCCGCAGCGUCAUCAAGGGUGCCCAGUAUGUCUGCAAGAAUGGUGGCAAGUGUGAGAUGGACAUGUACAUGCGCCGCAAGUGCCAGGAGUGCCGGCUGCGCAAGUGCCAGGAGGCAGGCAUGCGGGAGCAGUGUGUUUUGUCUGAAGAGCAGAUCCGGCUGAAGAAGCUCAAGAAACAGGAGGAUGAUCAGGCUCGGACAGUGGUUGUGCGCCCGAACCCCCCAUCUCCGCCCAACACCCCCUAUAAACUGACACCUGAGCAGUUGGGCAUGAUAGAAAAGCUUGUGGCAGCUCAGCAGCAGUGUAACCAGCGCUCAUUCACAGACAGGCUCAAAGUGACGCCAUGGCCUCAAGCUCCAGACCCUCAUAACCGUGAGGCACGGCAGCAGCGUUUUGCUCAUUUCACUGAGCUUGCUAUCAUCUCUGUGCAAGAGAUUGUGGACUUUGCCAAACAGCUGCCUGGCUUCCUGGAGCUCACCAGGGAAGAUCAGAUUGCUCUGCUGAAGACAUCCACCAUAGAGGUGAUGCUGUUGGAGACAUCCCGGCGCUACAAUCCAGAGACUGAAAGCAUCACCUUUCUGAAGGACCUGAGCUAUAAUCGGGAUGACUUUGCCAAAGCAGGCCUGCAGUUGGAGUUCAUUAACCCUAUCUUUGAGUUUUCAAAGGGAAUGAAUGACCUACAGCUCAACGAUGCUGAAUAUGCACUUUUAAUUGCCAUCAACAUUUUCUCUGCAGACCGACCAAAUGUGCAGGAUCAGUCCCUGGUGGAGAGACUGCAGCACACCUAUGUAGAGGCCCUUCAUUCUUACAUUUGCAUCCACAGACCAAAUGACCAUCUGAUGUUCCCUCGGAUGUUAAUGAAACUGGUCAGUCUUCGGACUCUAAGCAGUGUCCACUCCGAACAAGUUUUUGCCCUUCGACUACAGGACAAGAAGCUCCCUCCUCUGCUCUCAGAAAUCUGGGAUGUGCAUGAGUGACUAUGUGCUCCCAGGGCAGCAACCUGCUGAAGUAACACCAUCUCCCAUCCCUUGCUAACAUGAAGCCAGCCUCCCCGCUCCAAAGCACUGAACUGUGGGCUGGGCUGGGCAGUGCAGCGUGAUGAGCCUGUGGUUUCUCUAAUGUGAUGAGACUGUGCAUAAGGCACCUGGGAGAGAUCAGAUGUUUUUGUAAUCUUUGAUUUAGUGCCUCCCAGAAAUGGGAUCACAUGUGAAACACCUGAAAAUGGUAGAGAUGAAUAUCCCACCCCAAAUGUUUCUUCAAUGUCUGUCUUUUUUCUAAGUACAUGUUCUGGGGUUUUGCCCCGCCUAUGCUUUCCCUUCUCAUUGAUUCUGAAAGUGAAUUUGCAGGAACAUGUUAAACGUUCACUGAGAGCAUCCUCGCCCAAAAGACUUCUCCAGGGUUCUUAGGCAGGGUCCCCUGUGUAUGUGGAAUUGAGGAACUCAGGGAAGUUUAUGUGGAUGUGCUGGGGGUUUCCCUGUAUUCCCUGUAUUCCAAGUCUCUAUGAUGUGCUGCCCUUCACAAAGAUUCCCAGAGAAGAGGCUGUUGGUGGCAUUCCCUCUUUUUGAAGCUUCAUUUCUAGAGCUGUCUUUUCAUUCUGGCGCUCCUUUGGCAAGUAGAUCCCUGGAAUGUGCAGUGCCAUUUACUAAAACUUAUUCUGUGGGCAUCUUCUAUGUACCAUAGAGAUACCGUGGAUCAUCUAGCUGUCUUUUUUUAAUAAGUUGCCUAUAACUAUAGUAUCUUUUGGUUUGCUAGCAUGUGAAAGCAAUGACUUUAAAAAACAUGGAAUAGAUUUUGUGUAGGAGAAGAGAAAGGAAUGGAAGCAUCGGUGUCUGGGCAGUAGAGGUGGUGGAAGUAUAUCAAGAACCACCAAAAUUUUAGUAGAUUUAGUUGGUUCCAGUGAGAGUCAGGAUUAUCAGAUGGGGACAGAGAAUGCACUGUAUUUAUAGCGUAUUAGCAGGUAUUGCCUAACCUAUAGGCUGCACAACUCUCUCAGAACCCUGUCUACAGGAAUAUUGAGCAUAACCAGCUCUGCCCAAGUGUUCUCCCUUAUGCGAAAGGUCUUUCCAAGUGUAUGGUCAUUUGUUAGUGAUUAGUGGGAUGUGGACGUAUCUCUGUAUGAUGAGUACGCUCCUGCCCUUGUAUAUGUAACAGGGUUAAAAAAAGAACUAGAUAAAUUCAUGGAGGAUAGAUCCAUUAGCCGGGUGGGCAGUGAUGAGGUCCCUAGCCUCUGUUUGCCAGAAGCUGGGAAUGGGUGACAAGGAAUAGAUCACUUGAUGAUUACAUUUCUGUUCAUUCCCUCUGGGGCACCUGUCGGAAGACAGGAUACUGGGCUAGAUGGGCCUUUAGUCUGACCCAGUAAGGCUGUUCUUAUGUACUUCUUAAACUCUCUCCUCUUCACCUUGUGCAUGGUAAGUGACCCCUUGGUCCAUAAGUAUUUUAGUAUUUAGAGCAAUAAUUUGACAAAACAGAAAAGUGUCAUUGCAAAAUGUGUUUCUCAUUCUGCAAAAAACAACAAACAGUAUUUGACCCAGAGAUGUAACCCCAAGUCCCCUGGUUUCAUGUAUUUUGUCUCUAACAGGGAUCUAUGUUUGCUUGCCCAGUGAGCAUCCCAAGAGGCUGGGUUCACAAGGCUCGUAGUUUUGGGCUGUGUAUGUGAGCACCAGGCCUGUGGCAAGGGCUUUUUGUCCAUUUUGCACUCAAGGUUGGUCCCCUGCCUCUAGCCUUCAUUCUGCACCUUUGUAAAGCACUUGUAACAAUCUGUAAAAUAAUCUGUUAUUUUUUAUAACUCGUUGCAAUUGCAAAAUUUCUUGUUUAAAUCUGUAUUUUUAACUAAUCUGUUUGAGAAAUGUUAAUGUUUAUACAAAAGAAUAAAGCCUAAUACAGGAUUUUUGACUA